AUGGCGAGCCUUCUGAACCUUGCGCGGGGCAUGGGGGCCAGCAGCGCCAAGUUCUUCGUGGGCGGCAACUGGAAGUGCAACGGCACCCACGCCAGCGUGGAGAAGCUCGUGGCGGAUCUCAACGCCGGCGAGGUGCCCUCGGACAUCGACGUCGUCGUCGCGCCGCCCUUCAUCUACAUCGACUGGGUCCGCGCCAACAUCAAGAGCGCCUACAAGGUCGCGGCCCAGAACUGCUGGUCCAAGCCCGACGGCGCGUACACCGGAGAGAUCAGCGCGGAGAUGCUGAAGGACGCCGGCGUGCCGUGGGUCGUGACCGGCCACUCGGAGCGCCGCCUGCUGCUGGGGGAGUCCAGCGGCACCGUCGGCCUCAAGACCGCCCACGCGCUCGACGUGGGCCUGUCCGUGAUCGCGUGCAUCGGGGAGACGCUGGAGCAGCGCAACGCCGGCAACUUGUACACCACGAUCGACCUCCAGCUGCAGCCGCUGUUUGAGAACGUGAAGGACUGGUCGCGCGUCGUGCUCGCGUACGAGCCCGUGUGGGCGAUCGGCACCGGCGUCGUGGCCACGCCGGCGCAGGCGCAGGAGGUGCACGCGUACGUGCGCAAGGCGCUCACGGACCGCCUGGGCAAGACCGCGGCGCAGUCCAUCCGCGUGAUCUACGGCGGCAGCGUCACCGACGCAAACUGCAACGAGCUGGCCACCCAGGAGGACAUUGACGGGUUCCUGGUGGGCGGCGCGUCGCUCAAGGGGGAGGCGUUCGUGCGCAUCUGCAACGCGCGGGCGCCGGCGGCGGUGGGCAAGUAG